AUGGGAAUGGUUUAGGUCAAUCCAUAUUUAUAAUUAAAAUAAAUCAUCGGAUAUAUAUUAAAACUUGUGGUUUAAAACGAACAUUAUUCCGCUGCAGGUCGGUGGGUCAAGAAUGGAUUCUUACAUGCUUUUGUUUUUUCUUGGAGCAGGGCUCCUGACCUGUCAUGUCACUGUUGCUCAAAACCCUCUUUCUGGAUUUUUGCCGUCAAUGCCACCGAAACCUUCUGGAGGUAUGACUUACCCAGCAAAUUGGCCGUCAAUGCCAGCGAAUCCUUCUGGAGGAAUGACUUACCCAGCAAAUUGGCCGUCAAUGCCACCAAAACUUCCUGGAGGGAUGACAUACCCAGCAAAUUGGCCGUCAAUGCCACCAAAACCUUCUGGAGGGAUGACUUACCCAGCAAAUUGGCCGUCAAUGCCACCAAAACUUCCUGGAGGGAUGACAUACCCAGCAAAUUGGCCGUGAAUGCCACCGAAACCUUCUGGAGGGAUGACUUACCCAGCAAAUUGGCCGUCAAUGCCACCAAAACCUUCUGGAGGGAUGACGUACCCAGCAAAUUGGCCGUCAAUGCCACCGAAACCUUCUGGAGGGAUGACUUACCCAGCAAAUUGGCCGUCAAUGCCACCGAAACCUUCUGGAGGGAUGACUUAUCCAGCUAAUUGGCCGUCAAUGCCACCAAAACUUCCUGGAGGGAUGACAUACCCAGCAAAUUGGCCUUCAAUGCCACCGAAUCCUCAUGGAGGUAUGACUUUUCCACCUAAUGGACCUUCAAUGCCACCAAAUCCUCAUGGAGGUAUGACUUUUCCAGCUAACGGACCUUCAAUGCCACCGAAUCCUCAUGGAGGUAUGACUUUUCCAGCUAACGGACCUUCAAUGCCACCGAAUCCUCAUGGAGGUAUGACUUUUCCAGCUAACGGACCUUCAAUGCCACCAAAUCCUCAUGGAGGUAUGACUUUUCCACCUAACGGACCUUCAAUGCCACCGAAUCCUCAUGGAGGUAUGACUUUUCCAGCUAACGGACCUUCAAUGCCACCGAAUCCUCAUGGAGGUAUGACUUUUCCACCUAACGGACCUUCAAUGCCACCGAAUCCUCAUGGAGGUAUGACUUUUCCAGCUAACGGACCUUCAAUGCCACCGAAUCCUCAUGGAGGUAUGACUUUUCCAGCUAACGGACCUUCAAUGCCACCGAAUCCUCAUGGAGGUAUGACUUUUCCAGCUAACGGACCUUCAAUGCCACCGAAUCCUCAUGGAGGUAUGACUUUUCCACCUAACGGACCUUCAAUGCCACCGAAUCCUCAUGGAGGUAUGACUUUUCCAGCUAACGGACCUUCAAUGCCACCGAAUCCUCAUGGAGGUAUGACUUUUCCAGCUAACGGACCUUCAAUGCCACCGAAUCCUCAUGGAGGUAUGACUUUUCCAGCUAACGGACCUUCAAUGCCACCGAAUCCUCAUGGAGGUAUGACUUUUCCCGCUAACGGUCCCUCAAUGCCACCGAAACCGCAAGGAGGCUUUACUCUACCAGGUAAAGGACCGUCAAUGCCACCUAACCAACCUGGUAUGACUUUUCCAGCUAACGGACCUUCAAUGCCACCUAAUCCUUUUGGAGGGUUGACUUUUCCAGCCAAUAUACCGUCAAUGCCAGCUUUACCCUCUGUUAAACCAAUAGUACCAACCGGGUCACCUGUUCCUGCAAGUUUCCCGUGUCCCAAGGAAUGUCAAUCGUGCCAGUUAUUUAACGACAAGACAAAGGUUUGCAUGGCAUUUGAUGAUUUUGGUGUCAUCAAACAGAAAUUUUAUAAUAAUUGGUCUCUGAAAAUCCAGGACGAUUACGAUUUUCUCUCCAACACGUCAUUGUUCACAACAACUGCAUAUAUGUCAACUUGUGAUGGUAUUGAAUUCUACAUGAAGACAUGGGCUGUUCUAAAACAAAAGGGAAAAGACGAUCUAUUAGGUUUUAUUAGAGACCCAAGAACAGUUUCAGUUGCAGAUUUACGACUUUUACCAAAGACUCCUUUCGCCAUUCUCGAGUCCACUGUUGAGCGCAACAUGUUUCAACUAAUGAAUAAAGAUCAAAAGCUUGUCAUGUGUGAAGGUCUUGAAUACAUUGACUGUUUUACCAGGGUAGCCAUUGACAGAAAUAUAGAUUGUGCCAGAAUUCUGCUGGCCUCAGGAACAGCAGAUGCAAAAACUAUUGCAUCACUUGUUGACGUGAGGAACUGCUCGAAUUGGGACAAAGAACAAUGGAAUUUGACCAUGAAAUAUUCUCCUGAUAUUUUAGACAUGGAUUGUCUGAAAAUAGCACCACCUGACGUCAUGGUCGAUAACAUCGAUAGCUUAGCCCUACACUGUCAUAAACUUGACAAACGUGAAAUUAACAUUCUUGCAAACAUUACAACUUCAAAAAUGUUAGACGAUAAAAGAAAAGGAACUCCAGUAUCUUCUGACGAAAAAGACAAACUAGCAGAUCUUUUAUCUUUCUGUGGAGCUGAUCCUGCUAUAAUGGGUGACCUUAUGGAUAAAUCUGAGAUGUUGUCUAAAGUUGACUACAGCAAAACUGAUACAAAAGAAGGCAUUAAAUUCAUGAAAGAAGUUUUAGAAACUGUUGACCCGAAAGAUUUAACAAAAGACCAGAUUGUCAAUUCUUUCAAGAUGAUGGUCUACAAUAGAAGUUUACUAGCAGAGCUUGACACGACCGAACUUGAAAACGCUGUUUGUGAGAUAUGUGAUAAAGCUGAUGACUUUGACCAAGCUGAUCUUGCAAAACUAGCAGAUGUUGUUUUAAAACGGGUACCAAGCUUAGCUGACCCGUCAACAUACGACGAUGCUACCAUCGACUGCAUUGGACCUUUAUUUCAAUUUUUACCUAUGCAAUCCUUUGAUAAUAUUCCCUCUGCUGCCAUGGAAUCUGCAAUCUCAGGUGGUAAAAUGAAGAAUGUUACGGUUACUUCCAAGUCAAUGGGUAAAAAGUUGCUGGAAUCUGCAAAGACAGCUUUGGGAAAAACCAACGGGGAUUUUACUAGUGCUGACCUUGAGAAGCUUGGAACUAGUGUCAUUGCCAUGGUUGCCACCGAUUUAAAGAAGAUACCUGAUGCCUCAUUUUCCGACAGUAUCAUCGAAAUGUUUGCAGACAAUAUUAAGAAAAGCGACGUCAGUCCACCAAAAUCUAUGAUUGCAGCGCUGAUGGAAAAGGCUGCAGCGAGUGCAACAGGUGUAAAAGCUGCAAUUGAAAGUGGUCUUGGUGAUGAUGUUCCUACAGAACUUCUCAAGAAUGCAGAUCUCUCAGAUCUACCUGAUAUUACUGGGGAGUCGACUGAAGUCACUAUUGAAGUGGAUACAAAACGGGCUAAAAUCUUAGUGAAAAAGGUAAAAGAUUCGAUUGGCGACCUUGGAGGAGCUGCUACCAACUUCACGCUACAACGUCUGGCCAACAUGGAGAAGAUUGCAUGUGGUCUAACUGUAGCCGAUAUCAAAAAUAUAUCCAGAGAUAGUGAAUGUGUCGAUAAAAUGAACGCCAUUACAAAGUCACAGUGUAUCGAAAAGGAACAGGUCGAUGCUGCUCUAGAAGCUUUCAAAGAAGCAACUAAUUUCGAUUCUUCGUCAACAGCAGAAGUAGAAUCAAACACAGACAGUGCAACAUUGAGUCAAUCUGCUCCAAAUCUGCUGGCACAGUUAAGCUAUGCUGAAAUGAAAAAAUAUGGAACCAGUAAUAAGGAUGCUAUUGUUAGUACCAUCUCUCAAGCUGAUACUGAAGUUCUGUCCAAGUCUCAAAUGAAGGAUGGAUUCAAGUUUGUUAUGGACUCAAUUGGAAAGACUACUGCUGGUGAAAUUACAAAAGACGAUCUAGAUACUGCUGGUAAUAUGGUGUGUGGAAUUGAUAGCAAUGCUCUCGAUAGACUAGACGCCGACGCUUUAGAAGAAUAUGCAACAACAAUUGAAAAAUGUUCCCUUGGCUCAGUAGAAAGAAAAGCUCUAGGAUCAGCUGUAAUGAAAAAACUUGAUUUGAGUGACGGAUCUAAAGUUGACGCAACCAGUAUAAUGACUCUUGGAACUUCUGUUGCAGAAAUGUCUGAUACACAACUUGAUGCUAUUGACAAGUCCGUUCUUUGUGAUAUGAGUGAUAAAGUUGUAAAGUCAUUUAAAGACAAGGAAGAGAAGGAAACAAAAAGGAAAAUGAAAGGUUUCAAAAUGGACACAUCUACGGCAGACGAUAGCACAUUCAAGACAAAUAAAAAGCGAGUAAUGAAAAAACUUUUGGCUGUACAAGAUGCAUGCUCUUCUACGUCAGGCGCAAGUGCGGGACGAAGGAAAAGGUCUACAUCAUCACUGACCUGUUCUUACAUGACAAGCAUAGGAACGUCUGGGUUAUCGGCAAUCACCGUAGAUCAGAUUAACAAUUUGGACGAUACAGAAUUUACAGACUGUAUUGAUAUAUUGGGAGCAGUAACGGAUUACAGUACUGACCAGAUAGACGCUCUUGUUACUGUUGGAAAACGUAACACUGUUUGGGGAGAUCCAACAACAUGGACUGCAACCACUGUUUAUAGUGCUGGAGUUAUCGUUCAGGGAUUAACAGUUUCUGAAAUAGGUACUUUGACACUUGAUUUAGAUGCCGUUAGUAAACUUGGAGAAUAUGAUGGUUGGACAGAUGCUCAGAAAAAUGCGUUGUUUGAAAGAUGGCUGACUUUAGAAAAAUCGGAUGAUGCUAGCACAAUAACAUCGAGUGAAUUGAGGUCACUAGGUCACAUGACAUGUGGAGCAGAAACAGGUCAUAUCGGUGUCAUAAGUCACAGUGUGUAUUCAUCUGCUGCUGAUGCUGUUGGCGAGGUUACCAGUUGUUCAGAUGGUCAGCUUUCGUCUUUCAUUACAUUGGCCAAAUCUGCAUAUGGAUCCGAUAUCACAACUUGGGAUUCAACAACCAUUACAAAUAUUGGCAUUGUGAUAGGUGGUUUAACAAGCUCUGACAUGUCAACACUAUCCGAAAGCCAAAUUGAUGCUAUUGACUCGAAUCAUGUAUCAUACAUUCCAUCUUCAACAUUUGCCGGACUUACAACAACUCAAAUCAACACCCUUAGUGUAAGCCAAGCUCAGUCGACUACAACCAAUCAAAGAAGUGCUUUAGAUUCAUCUCAGCUAGCUGCCUUGUCCAGUGUAGCUAAUACUACUUUCUCAGGAUGUGACAUGAUGCAAAUGUCCUGGACUUUCGCAGUUUUCCUAGCUCUUCUCUCGAUGUACUUUGGACGAAACUAAGCAAUACUUUUACAAAACAAUUGUGUAAAUAAUUAUUUGUUUGUUUAAAUAAAACCAAUGUAAAUUAAAUCACAACGAUGAACAUCUUUCAUCUGCAUUUAUUGUUGUGAUACUUUUUUGUGUAUAUUUUCAAUAGCAAUACAAAUAUUCUAUGUAUCUAAAACAUUUGAAUAAAUAUACUCUAUGUUAGCAAUUCAAGAUGUUCAAAUGAGUAUUGAUUUUGUUAAUUCUAAAAAUUGUCAGGAAAUUCCUUCCAUUCUAAUGUAUGUGUUAUAUAUUUCUUGUUCUUGUUACAACUUUAUUGUUACAAAUUAAAACAUGUUUUCUGA